AUGAUUUGGCGCCGGUAUUUUCCGGCCUCCUCCCCGGGCCCUCACCGGAUUGAAAGAGCGCUCCAAGAUGAAGUCCCGGCAGUUCCCGUGGGCCGUGUUCACAGGCUCCUGAAAAAGGGUAACUAUGCUGAGCGUGUGGGUGCCGGAGCGCCGGUCUAUCUGGCUGUGGUACUCGAGUAUCUGACGGCUGAAAUCCUCGAGCUCGCCGGUAAUGCGGCCCGGGACAACAAGAAGACCCGCAUCAUCCCUAGCCACCUCCAGCUGCCCGUGCACAACGACGAGGAGCUCAACAAGUUGCUGGGAGGGGUGACCAUCGCUCAGGGUGGGGUACUGCUUAAUAUCCAGGCCGCGCUGCUGCCCAAGAAAACCGCCGCUGGGGGCGCCACUAAAAAGUGA